CUCAUGAUCGGGGAAUCCCGCAGGUCACCGCCAGAGUUCCUUGUUCCCCGGAAGGGGAGAAUAGACGCCUGAAGGAAGAGUGGAAAGACCCGCGAGUCCCUUGGUAUGUCGGGUGUAUUGCCCUUUCCACCCUGCUAUAAAGAAGCCUCCUGCCGGAGCAGAUCCCGUUCAUUCUCCGGCCGCUCCUCGACCAUUCAACACAGGCACUUUCUGCACUCGUCUCCUGUGUCCGCAGUUCGUACGAACCUUCAAAAUGAAACUCGUGUUGGGACUUUCCGCGUUGGUGUGCCUGAUGGCUCUGGCCCACGGGAAACCAGAGGAGGAAGACCUCCUUCCCGCUGAAUCCGCCCAUUGGGGCUACAGCGGAUAUGGGGGCUAUCCCAGCGGUGGCGGCUAUGGCGGCUAUGGCGGCUAUGGAGGCGGAGGCUACGGAGGCUACGGAGGAGGCUACGGAGGCUACGGAGGCGGAUACGGGGGCUACGGUGGCUACGGUGGCCACGGUGGCUACGGUGGCCACGGCCAUGGUCACCAUCACCAUCAUCAUCAUGGAUAUCAUGGAUAAUCCCCUUCUCGUGCCGAUCAAAUUUCCCCGCUUUCCCUCUCAUCUGUCAUCUGUCAUCCAUUCGCACUCUCAUCGCACGAAGACAUUCGCUCAGCCCUUCUACAAAGCGACUAUGUUUUGAUUGAUCGUCGAAACGAUGUCUUUUUCAUUCUAAAUAAGCACCAGAGAGCAUUUA